ACAUAUGAACUGCGCAGGUCUGCGGGAUUUUCCCGGCGCUGUUCUCGCGAGAUCAGGAACGUCAGCAUGGCGGUGCUCCUUGAAACGACACUGGGCGAUAUUGUAAUUGAUUUGUUUACAGACGAAAGGCCUAAAACUUGCCUCAACUUUCUGAAAUUAUGCAAGAUAAAAUACUACAACUACUGCCUCAUCCACAAUGUUCAGAGAGACUUCAUUGUGCAGACUGGAGAUCCCACUGGUACUGGCCGUGGUGGAGAGUCUAUCUAUAGCAAACUCUACGGGGACCAGGCCCGCUUUUUUGAUGCGGAGAAAGCGCCACGCAUCAAACACAGAAAGAAUGGGACCGUAUCCAUGGUGAACAAUGGAAAUGAUCAGCAUGGUUCUCAGUUCCUUAUUACCACUGGUGAGAACCUGGACUACCUGGAUGGAGUCCAUACUGUGUUUGGGGAAGUUACAGAAGGCAUUGAUGUCUUGGCCAAAAUCAACGAGACCUUUGUUGACAAGGACUUUGUCCCAUUUCAGGAUAUCAGGAUAAAUCACACGGUCAUCCUGGAAGACCCGUUUGAUGACCCUCCUGACCUGCCGGUCCCUGAUCGAUCACCGGAGCCCACCAAAGAGCAGCUUGAUAGUGGCAGAAUCGGAGCGGACGAAGUGAUUGACGAUACGGACGGGAAAGGGGCCGAAGAGCUCGAGGAGAGGCUGAAGGAGAAAGAGGCCAAGACCCAGGCCAUUCUGCUGGAGAUGGUCGGUGACCUCCCUGACGCAAAUGUGAAGCCUCCGGAGAACGUGCUGUUUGUGUGCAAACUCAACCCGGUGACCACAGACGAGGAUCUGGAAAUCAUCUUCUCCCGCUUCGGGUCCAUAAAAAGCUGUGAGAUCAUCAGAGACUGGAAAACUGGGGAUUCGCUCUGUUACGCUUUUAUCGAGUUUGAAAAGCAAGAGGAUUGUGAAAAGGCCUAUUUCAAAAUGGACAAUGUGCUCAUUGAUGACCGACGCAUUCACGUGGACUUCAGCCAGUCAGUCGCAAAGAUCAAAUGGAAAGGGAAAGGUGGGAAGUAUACGAAAGACGACUUUAAAGCCUAUGAGAAGGACGUGGAGAACCGAUCCAAACUGGCUCUCAAGGAUCAAGUGAAGCCUAAACAAGAUUCCAAGUAUGACCUGCUAAUUGAGGAGGAACAGGAGACGACGAGCCAUUGGCACUCGGAGAAGAAGCACAAGGAAAAGAGGCACCAUCAUCAUUCGGAUGAUGACGACAGCCGGAAGUCCAAAAAACACAAGGACGGUGAGGAGAGCCGGCGAGACAGAAAAAUGGGCCGCCAGCGCUCCCGCUCCCGUUCCCGCUCCAGAGACAGGGAUCGCAAACACAGCAAGUCCCGGGUCAAACAUGGAAAAGAGGGACGGAACAAAGGCCACAGCUACAAGGACAGGAGUCGCAGCCACUCCCCGAAGAGGUCCAAGGAUAAAGAGAGGAGUAGAUACAGAUGAGGGCGGGUGGGGAAGAAAGGAGCUUCACCUUAUUAUUACUGAAUAUCUUUGUAACACAGGAGAGUGGAGCCGAAGCUCCUGAGCUCUAUUCAAUCACAUGACCUUGACUUUUAGAAAAAAAUGAAAUUCUCACGUCCUUGUCACAUUGUCUUGAAGAACAGGAAUGCUUUGAGAAAUGUUUUGUAUGUGUGUAUUAAAAAUAUUCCAUAUAAGGUG